AUGCCCGACUUCACAGAUAACCUUCGCCCAAGCCAGCCAGAUGGCCCGACAACUCUAGCCCGCGAGCGCCAGCAAUCCAAUGUCUCCCCCAAAGAAAUUGGACAACAUUUAUUCUCUUCUGAUGAUUUCCUGGAGCGACAAGCUCGGAUUCUGUCUAUCGUCCAGCGCGAGCCACUGUUCUCCAAAGCCAAGCAACAAAACCUAUCCAGACCGGAAAGGUUCAAGCUGGGGCUUGCUCGCGCAAAGCUCGUGCGUCGACUGACCGUGAAACACAAAUGGACCUACGACGAGUACAAGAUGGCCGAAUACCUGAUCGAUGAUGUCUCCCCCUACUACCUGCACACGGAAAUGUUUAUCGUAACCGUCCGGGAACAAGCCAACGAAGAGCAGCGCGCACACUGGAUGCCCCUCAUCGAGUCUUGGAAGAUUAUCGGCGCAUAUGCGCAGACCGAAUUGGGACAUGGCAGCAAUGUGCGUGGCUUGGAGCUUGAGGCGCGAUGGGAUCCUCAGACCAAGGAGUUUGUGAUUCAUAGCCCGACUCUGACGGCGAGCAAAUGGUGGAACGGUAGCUUGGGCCGUGUCGCCAACCACGCCAUUGUGGUGGCACAGCUGCUUCUCCCAGUUCCUGGCUCCCCCGAUCAAUAUGUUUCGCACGGUCCUCAUCCGUUCAUCGUACAGGUGCGGGACAUGAAGACACAUCAACCAUUGGACGGUAUUGUCGUUGGAGAUAUCGGCCCGAAAUAUGGAUAUGCCACUAUGGAUAACGCGUAUAUGCUGUUUGAUCAGUUCAGAGUCCCACAUUCUGCUAUGCUUUCCCGCUACUCAAGCUUGGAUCCCAACACAGGGAUCUAUACCAAGCCAGAGCAGCCAGCCGUGGUCUAUGGCUCAAUGACCUUUGUACGAGCGAACAUCGUCCAACACGCCAGACUCGUCCUCGCACGCGCAGUCACCAUCGCAGUGCGCUACUCCACCGUCCGACGCCAAUUCCAAGACCGAGAUGGCGACAAAAAGGGUCCAGAGAUGUCCGUCCUGGACUACCCAACUGUCCAAAUCCGCAUCUUACCUCUGCUCGCAACGGCCUUCGCACUUCACUAUACCGGUCUUGCCAUGCGAGCCAUUUACAAAAACACACGCGAGGAUGUCGAAAAAGGCAAUUUCAAUUCUCUGGCUCACAUGCACAGCAUGUCCUCCGGAUUGAAGAGUCUGUGCACCACGCUUGCUGCGGAUGGCAUUGAGACGUGCAGACGUGCCCUGGGUGGCCACGGAUUUGGCGGUGGAAGCGGCUUGAUCCAGCUCAAUAGCGAUUAUCUCUCUAAGCCAACUGUGGAGGGCGAUAAUUGGAUGAUCACGCAGCAGGUUGCGGCAUAUUUGAUCAAGAAGAUGACCGCUGCUGUGCAAUCGCCUGAGGGUGCCAGUACGGAUGAGACCGAUGCUCGCUUCAAGGAGUUUGUUCGCAACAAGCGUCGUCCGUCUGAAAAGCAGACAUAUAAUGUCUUGAAUAAUGAUCUGGAUAUUGUCAAGAGCUUUGAGUUGAGAGCUACUGCUCUGGCAUACGAAGCUUAUGAACAAAGAGUUCUCAAGAAACAGAACUGGAACAGCCUUCUCAUCCAGCUUCACAAACUCAGUCGAGCACAAUCUCAAUCAAUCAUUGUCUCGACCUUCUUCGAAGCCCUUUCCACCGAUACAACCCUUUCAGCACCCGUGAAGGCCACCCUAUGGGACCUGUACCGCUUGUUCGCAUUAUACACCAUGGAGAACGAGGGCUAUGAAUGCAAAUUCCCAGUCUUCCGCUGCAACGCUGUCUCGCAGGGAGAUCUAGACGCAUUGCCUAGUCGAGUCCAAGACCUCAUGGCUCGAAUUCGACCCCACGCUGUGAACCUCGUCGAUUCGUGGAAUAUUCCGGAUUAUCUGUUGGAUAGUGCGCUGGGCCGAUAUGAUGGUCGCGUCUAUGAGGAUCUUUUCAAUCGUGCUCAUCGGUUGAAUCCGCUGAAUCGGAUUACUUUUAACCCGAAUUAUUGGGAGGAUGAGAUUGUCAAGGGCAGUGGGGAUAAUGGGGUCAAUGUUUUGGCGAAGUUGUAG